CGUGCCAUCCGGGGCCCCGGGGGCGCGCACCGGAGCGGAGCUGAGCGACACGCACACAUGGGCCCCCCUGGGCGAGCCCGCUGGCUCUUGGCCCCCCUGCUGGUGCAGGCCUGGCUGGCGGUGGGCGUGGCCGAGCGGCCGUGCCCCCGAAGCUGUCGCUGUGACGGUAAGAUUGUGUACUGCGAGUCGGGCGGCUUCCGCGAUGCGCCCCGCGGCCUGUCCGGCGGCUGCCAGGGCCUGUCGCUGCGCUACAACAGCCUGGCAGCCCUGCGCACCGCCCACUUCAGCGGCCUCAAUCAGCUCAUCUGGCUCUACCUGGACCACAACUACAUCAGCGGCGUGGACGGCCGCGCCUUCCAGGGCGUGCGCCGCCUCAAGGAGCUCAUCCUGAGCUCCAACAAGAUCACGCAUCUGCCCAACAACACCUUCCAGGCCGUGCCCAACCUGCGCAACCUGGAUCUGUCCUACAACAAGCUGCAGGAGCUGCAGCCAGGCCAGUUCCAGGGGCUACGCAAGCUGCUUAGCCUGCACCUGCGCUCCAACUCACUGAAGACCCUCCCCGUGCGCCUCUUUCAGGACUGCCGCAACCUUGAGUUCCUGGACCUGGGCUACAACCGGCUGAGGAGCAUCGGCCGCAACGCCUUCUAUGGGCUGCUGAGGCUCACAGAGCUGCACCUGGAGCACAACCAGUUCUCCAAGAUCAACUUCUCGAACUUCCCUCGGUUCUCAAACUUGCGAGCGCUCUACCUGCAGUGGAAUCGCAUCCGUUCCAUGAGCCAGGGCCUUACCUGGACAUGGACGUCGCUGCAGAAGCUGGAUCUCUCCGGCAACGAGCUGCAGGUGCUGGAGGCCGAUGUGUACCAGCGGCUGCCCAACCUGCAUACCCUCAGCCUGGACUCCAACAAGCUGAGCAAUGUAUCCCGGGAAACAGUGGACGCUUGGAUCUCAUUGACAACCAUCAGCCUGGCGGGCAACGUAUGGGACUGUGGAUCUGUAGUCUGCCCCCUGGUGGCCUGGCUAAGGGGGUUCCGGGGCAACAAGGAGACCACCAUGAUCUGUGCUGCCCCCAAGGAGGCCCAGGGAGAGAAGGUGAUGGACAUGGUGGAGAAGCGUGGCAUAUGUAGGGCCACGCCCGCCCCUUCCACCGCUGCUCCCGUCGUGUCCACCAUGGUCAUCCGACCAGAGCACGUGGCUCCUCCCUCACCGCCCGGAGGGGUGGGGGGGCCAGCGCGUGGGGCUGCUCCCAGCCCCACACCCUCACAAGUUACCCCCUCGCUCCCAGACCUGGAAUUCGAGCAUGUCUCCUUCCACAAGAUCAUCGCGGGCAGCGUGGCCCUCUUCCUGUCGGUGGCCAUGAUCCUACUGGUCAUCUACGUGUCCUGGAGGCGCUAUCCUGGCAGCGUGAGGCAGCUCCAAGAGCACUCGGCUCGCCGGCACCGCAGGAGGGCGCCGGAGACGGAGCGACCACUCGCCUCGCCCCUGCAGGAGUACUUCGUGGAUUACAAGCCCGGCCCGAGCUCCGAGACCAUGGACGUGCUGGUGAACGGGUCGGGACCCUGUGCCUACACCAUCUCAGGCUCCAGAGACUGCGAGAGGGUCACUGGGACUGGGUAUAGCUGGCUGGAGCUGGGUAUGGCUGGCUGUGACUGGCUGGGGCUGGAUAUGGCUGACUGUGACUGGCUGGAGCUGGGUAUGGCUGUCUGUGACUGGCUGGAACUGGGUAUGACUGACUGUGACUGGCUGGAGCUGGGUGUGACUGGCUGGAGCUGGGUGUGA